AUGGUCGUUGUUGUUGAAGUUAGAGCUAAGAAAGUCGGCCCUGUGCCCAGGCGAGAACAGCGUAAAAAUAUUGAUGAAAUGACUGGCUUCCUCAGGUCGGUGCCUGACAUCAAGUGUGACUCGGAUAAAGGUGGUUGUUGCGUAUCGGGUGACUACAGCGCUGUUGUGUCGGCUCUGAAGGGCACCCGCGAAUACAUGAACUCGAAGAACCCAGGUAAGGGCGAUUUCCAGGAAAGUUUCGAGAUAAUCGCCCGAUCAACGGACGGUACACAAGAAAUGAAAGAGGCCCUUGAGGCGUUCAUCACUCCAACCUAUGGCGAAUCCCCGCCUAGUCAGCUCAAAGAGCUCAGCCGACGUGGAAGGUCUUCUUCGUCGGAUGGCAUCGUACAAGUGAUGCCCGAUAUCCCUGAGCGUAAACGUGUAUUCAGUUAUGACGGUUCGCAUGAGCAGAAGGAGUUCUACGAGGAGUGGCAUACUCAGUAUUAG